AUGAUUGUGAUUAAACAUCAUGGGGCACCAUUGAUAAAGACAUUGCUGCGGAAGACUCAGAAUAGUACUCUUCCUUUUGUGAUCACCAUAAAACUUGGUUUUAGUUGUGCGGUGUUACUUUCCAUAGUCGGCAGAGAAAAUCUGAAGUUCGAUAAUGGAGGCAACGACAAACUUUCUCAAGGAUGUGAGAGACAUAGCUCGAACCUUUCGACUAGUGAUAAGAAAAGGAAGAGAUUCGACGAUGCAUCUCGGUUAACUCACACAGAGAAUGCAGACGUUAAGCAUGGGAGGAAUGAAAUCGCUGAAAAUGAAGAUGACGAUAAGUUAGCACACAAAUUAGUUGUCAAAAGUUGCAGUAAAAUAGUUGGAAAAGAAUCUAUACACAAGUCCAAUAGUAAGAAAGCUCCCAAUGCCAAAAUUUGUUUAACGAAUAGUACAGAAGAUAGGAACAAAGAUUAUGUCCAGGCGAGGGCAAAACGGGGUGAAGCAACUAGCAGACACAGCCUUGCUGAAAGAAUUAGAAGAGAAAGAAUAAGCGAACGAAUGAAAGUUCUUCAAGAUCUUGUUCCUGGAUGCGAUAAGAUCACUGGGAAGGCAAUAAUGCUUGACGAGAUUAUCAAUUAUGUAUUAUCAUUGCAACAUCAGGUUGAGUUUUUGUCCAUGAAGCUUGCUGCUGUGGAUUCUAGACAAAAAUCUGGACUUGGUCAAUUUCUAUUGGAAGAUAUCCAUCAUUCACAAGAAGGAAUUGCAGCCACUAUAGAUACUACUGAAAUGGGCUCCUUUUACUCCCUUCCUGAUACUGUUUCGCAAGUGACUUCGCCAACAUUAACACCAAGUCCAAAUGUCAGCUUAUUUGAACCCCUUCUGUAUUCUCUUUCCAUUUUUUCUUCCAGUGUAGUUCAAUCAGAGGCCAACUGCCACUUAGUCGAAGAUGUUGCAAGUUUCCUGGGUUUGUAA